AUGGCCAUCACGACUCUUCUGUACAUUGCGGCGCUCGCUGCUGCUGCACUCGCUUGGACGACGCCGCCCACUGCCACGGUGAUCAAUGGCACCUAUCAGGGCAUCAACGCCGACGAAUUCGGCCAACAGUUUUUCUUGGGGAUGCCCUUCGCACAGCAGCCUGUUGGUGAUCUAAGGCUACGCGCUCCUCUGUCCCUGAAUGAAUCUUGGACGGGUACACGUUCGGCAUCGAAUUACUCCGCUAUCUGUCCCGGAUUCCCCAUCGCGUCAGGGGCGGACGACGACAAAGGAUACGAGUUGAGCGAGGCCUGCCUGACCGCUAACAUCAUCCGCCCCAAUACCGUCUCAGCAAGUUCAAGCGGAGGAGGAUUCUCCAUGGGAGGUAGUGCCGAUCACCGCUAUAAUGGAAGCUGGAUUGUCCAACGCUCUAUGGAAAUGGGCAGCCCAAUCAUAUUCGCUUCUUUCAACUACCGAGUUCAUGCCUUUGGCUUCCUCGGUGGUGCGGAAGUUCACGCUGCUGGCCUGGAGAAUCUCGGCUUGUUUGACCAGCGCCUCGCUCUGCAAUGGAUCCAGGAGAAUGUUGCGACAUUCGGCGGCGAUCCAACCAAAGUCACUGUCAUGGGAGAAAGCGCGGGAGCGAUGAGCAUUGCCAAUCACCUCACGGCCUAUGGUGGGAGGAACGACGGUCUAUUCAGAGGGGCGAUCAUGGAAUCCGGCUCUCCCACUACCGAGAAUUAUGCCCGCAUCCAGCAGCUCGAGCCCUUUUACCAGAGCGUCCUCGUGAAGGCAAGAUGCGCAAAUGCCACAGACACAUUGAACUGCCUGCGUGGUGUUUUAUACGACACCUACCGUGCGGCGACGAAUGGAACGAAUUGGCAGCCAGUCAUCGAUGCUAACGGUUCUCACCAAUGGCAACCUAUUAUUGACGGCGAUUUCCUCCCCGAAUACCCCACUGAGAUGCUACAGCAAGGGGAAUACGUCAAGGUCCCGUUGCUGAUGGGAAGCAAUACCGACGAGGGUACAUCCUUUGCUGUGUAUGGUAUUGAAAAUACGGAACAACUUGCGGCAGCGAUGAGUACGAAUUAUCCCCGACUCUCCAACGCAUCAAUUGAGCGUGUAAUCGAUCUCUAUCCCAACGAUCCGGCCAUCGGUUGCCCGUACGGCUCUGGCGAUGGACUGCUUCCCUCAGGAUAUCUUGACAAGCAAUCGGCAGCCAUCUUUGGCGACAUGCUGAUGGUGUCUGGCAUGUAUGGCGUUUGUGGGGCUAAUCGGGAACUAUCUGACACCCAACCUGUAUGGAAGUACCGAUUCAAUCAAGUUCCGAUCAAUUACACGAUGACACCCAGUUCAGUGAUGCACUACGUCGAGGUCGCGUACGUCUACUCGAAUCAGCUCGCGGUAGAUGUGAACCCUCUAGGCACGAGGCCGAACGACCUCUCCCUCGCAAAUCUCAUGACGAGCAUGUGGAUUAGCUUUGUCAACAACCUGGAUCCGAACUACAGCCAAGUGGAAGGCGCGCCUUUCUGGCCCUCGUAUUCCAGCUCUCCCAAGAACCUGGUGUUCCAGAACAACUGGCUGGGGUCGAGCUACGUCGAAUUCGACAAUUGGCGCCAGGAGGGGAUCGCUUUCAUCAACUCGCUCGGAGCGGACAUGCAGCACUAA